AUGAAGCUUCUCCUCGGGCUCUGGUCCCUCUCCCACCUGCUUCUCUCCUCCUCCGGUGACGAGGAACCUGCUGGCACGAGCAAAGGAAACGUCUUCCAGGUAACUGACGCUUUCGCCAAUAAUGGCUUCUUCAGCCUUCGCUUCUAUGGCUGCAUCGCAGUCUUCAACAAGUCACUAAACUUCCAAGAAGCCAUUCUUGUCUGCGGCAAUCAGCAACCCUGGGCCAACGACGACAAUGAACUCCGUGAGCAGACCCGAGAUCGAGAAGCGCCGUGGUUGGUGAACAUCGUCGGUAACGGCCAGCAGUGUCAAGGAGCUGUUUUGAACAACUGGUGGAUCCUGACAGCAGCGAGCUGCUUCCUGCGGAUGAAGCCGAGCUCAGUGGAGCUGAUCAUGGCUGGCGGAUAUCCCUUCACGAUAACAGUGAGCCAGUACCUGUCACACCGGGGCUUCAGUUCAUGGGCGAGGCCUCCCAGUAAUGAUCUGGGACUUGUGAUGCUUGGCCAGCCGAUCGACUUAAGAAAGAGAGAGAUGUGGCCAAUUUGCCUCCCUGACAGGCAAGAAUCUUCCCUCACGCGGGCGCAAUGUAGGAUCUAUAAGCGAGAGCAAGACGAUUCCAAGCAAUGGUUAGAGAGGAUUGCCGUGUAUUUUCUGGAGAUGUCAGAGUGUACCGCAGAAUGGCCGGGCACCUCGGAGCGAUGGAAUUUGUGCAUGGCAAGAGAGGUGGAUAAUGAGACUGACUGCAAGGUGCCUGUAGGAAGUCCCGUGCUCUGUCAUAACCUGAACAGUGACCACUGGGAGCUGAGGGGCAUUGUGAGCCAGGGUUUGACCAACUGCACACAUCCAGUCCUGGCUACCCAGGUUGUACCCCAUCUAGAGUGGUUGUGGCAGGAAGGGCUAUUGAAGGACCCAGUCCCUCCAACCAUGGGAUAUACCGAGACCACUGGAAGCAGCAUGCCUUCUCUAGCAGAGGAAGGGUCUUCGGAGACAGCCCCACAAUUACAGGACGUGUUUCCAACCCAAGAAGAAUCAGAAGCAUCUCCGACAGAACAGCCUCCAGCCGUCCCCACGACUCCCAGGUUGGUAUCCCGUGCCCACAUGACCAUGGAACAAUGUGAGAUGGGCCUGGCGUGGAAUAGCGUGUCUCGGACCUACCAGCUUAACAAGGUGGCGGAUCUGAUGGAGCGCAAAAUUGGGUGUGGACUGAGGCCUGGCUUUGUCCCGCACUGCCCAAGCUGUUCCGAGGCGGAGGUUGGCGAGUUUCCUUGGGUCGUCUCUCUCACGUUGUCCAUCCAACACUUCUGUGCCGGUUCCAUCCUCAACCCCUGGUGGAUUUUAACCACGGCCAACUGUGCCAACCUGAUAAAGAAUUCGGCAGCUUUGGUGUUGGUGCAGGCCGGGCUGGUCGACAUCUCGGAAGGAACGGGCUCUGUGCACAUCCGCCAGGCUCUGACGUACCCUGACGUGCUGGCAAGCGAGGAUCUUCACAACUUGGGGCUUCUACAGCUGCAGAAGCCGCUGGAGUUUGGGCCCCUCAUCGCACCUGUGUGUCUAUCAGACACAGCGCACGCGAUAGAAGAUUUCAGAAACUGCUGGCUGCCGAGCUGGACCGUGCUGCAGGGAGGCCCCGCCAGACUUCUGAGACGCCCUUUAGCCUCCCUGAACAUCAGCAGCUGCAAUCGUCUUGAAGAGAAUUUGUCCAAGGCCAUCUUCUGUAUCACAGCCCAGAAGGACCAGGAAGGAAUCUGCAAGGGUGACCUGGGCUCCCCACUGAUCUGCCCUGACCCCAAGGGUGGGGCCUGGGUUCAGCUGGGGGUGCUGAGUAGCUUUGACGAAGCCUGCUCCCGCCCCUAUGUCUUCAACAGUUUGCACCCCUACCUGCCCUGGCUGGAAGAGACCACCAAGGCCGCCGGCUAUCGUGAUAACUACACGGUCUCUUGGCAACGGCAAGGCCCCGCCCUCCAGCUGAGAACACUACAAAAACCAGAGGCCCUGGUGAAACGGAUCUCGGCGCAUCUCUCCCUCCCCUGGCAAGCAUUCGUGGCCACUUGCAGGAAGCGGAGCUGUGGGGGAUCGAUCCUGAACCAUUACUGGGUGCUGACCACAGCGCGGUGCGUUCAAGACACGAAACCAGAAAACAUCGCUGUCUUUGUGGGACUAAAACACCCCAAGGGUCAUGCACGGGGGAUCCUUGUGGCUGGGAUUUACCCCUACGAGGGGAUCCCAUGGAGCAACGUCUCUGCCGGCAACGUGGCUUUGCUCCUGCUCCAGGAAUCUGUUGCCUUUGGCAAAUAUGCUACCCGUAUGACCUUGCCGCUGACGGACACGUGGGAUAGCUGCAAAGUGACAGGGCUGCAAACGUUGAAGCCUGGUGAAGCUGAGCCUGACCCUGCAGCAUACCAGGCCAAGGUGGUACAGGCCUCUGACUGUGCCAGGAAACAUCCCAGGGUCAAUCCAUCCAUGUACUGUGUCAUAAGGAACGACAAUCACUCUCUGCCUGUAGCUACUAUGCCUGAGGGCGCAGGUCUGCUGUGCCGCUUGGAGGCGAAGCGCAACCCCUGGAGCCAGGUUGGCUUAACCAGUGAGCCCUUCCCGGGAUCCCAGCCAGACAUCCUGGCCUCCAGCAUCGUCGCCUACAAGGACUGGAUCAAAGAGACCUCCAAAGAAGCCAGGCGACACUUCUUGCAGUCCCGUGGAAGGACAGCCCACGGGCCGAGCUGGUCCCUUCUCCUGAUCCCGUCCUUGUUUGGAGUGACAGCGUUGGGUUGA